AAAUCCUCGCACCUCAAGGCCCACCAGCGAACACACACAGGAGAGAAGCCGUACCGGUGUUCCUGGGAAGGCUGCGAGUGGCGGUUCGCGAGGUCCGACGAACUCACGCGGCACUUCCGUAAACACACAGGUGCAAAACCCUUCAAGUGCCACCACUGCGGCCGCUGCUUCUCACGCUCAGACCACCUCGCUCUCCACAUGAAGAGGCACCAGUGAGGUCGGGCUGCAUCCUCCGGCGAGGGUGAGGUGCCUCUGAGAGGACGCAUUCCUCCUCAUCUGUGACCUGAGCUUGACCUCUGACCUUCCGCAGUCUCGGGUGACCAAGUUAAAUUCGACUAGUACAAGAGGUACUCAAGGACUGACAGACUUGGAAUUUACGUCAGUCUUGCUUCCCGACUCCCGCGACCCGUGAAGCAAGAAGACAGCGGUGAAGUGAAGUGUGGAAGGCGGCCUCGAGGUCGGGUACGAGCGACAGCGUUGAUCUAAAUCUGAGGAAACAUGGAAGGUUUUCGAGCAAUCCAGAUUUCAUUAUGUACAGAUAUAUCCUUUCGGAGAUGAGGUUAUGUUUUCAGUGGAUGUGUGUAAAAAGAAAUUCUAUGGUAAUGUAUCACGAGUAUUAUGGAGUAGGUCUGGACGCUAGGAUUAUCAUAAUCCUAAAAAAAAGGACAUGAUAACAUGCGACUAAAAAUGGGAAAGAAUGGCCCCAAAACUCGUGUUAUUUUGUGUACAGUGUAGAAUAUAAGUUUUUUUUUAUUAUUUUUUAUUUUUAUUUUUCGUCGCCCGCAUGUGGCGAACCUAUGUAAUGGAGAAUGACUAUGGACAAUGUGUUUCCGUAUUUGAGUGGUUGCCUUCAAAUAUACCAGUGAGUAUUUUACAUUGGUGUUGUUUAUUCUGCGAUUUAGAUAUAGUCCCAUAAAUGCUGAAGUAAACCAAAAAGAAACUUAAUUAACUGCUUUCAUUUCGUCUCUCAUUCGAAUUUCACGAUAUAAAAGUAACCACAACCUUAAGUUGAAUAAUAAAAAAAAGGUAGAAUUUUAUCUUGAAAUGUACAAAACGUCUCCAUGUAUCAGUAAGGAUGCAUACUGUGUACUGUUGUAAUACUGAUGUCUAGCGCUGUACAUAAAACGUUAAUGUAAGGUUUCUGUACCACUGCCAUGUUAUUUGAGGCACGGAAUAACCACGCUGGUGACAACGGGCUUUCCAUGGCGGUCCUUCGCCGUCACCACCACCUCAACAAGCUAUUAACGUUCGAGUCCCGUAACUAGUAAAGGAACCGCGGCCCCGUCGACUCAAGUUUUGUGUGUAGUUCAGCAGUUUACUUGCUUCGAAACAUCCGAAGAAACUGUGGCUCUCGAACAGUCAGAAUCGACAGAGGACUUAUGUCUAUGGAUGUACGUAAGAUCAACCCCCCUUUAAAAGUAAUAGUAACUAAAAAACAACAACAAAAAAACAUCAGAACAAACCAAAUAUAGAUUUCCUUCGGAUGUGUAUCUCAAGUAUGCGCUUGGCUACACCCGCGCCAGCUAAAAGUGUAUUACUGAUCGGUGAGAAGAAAAGGAAAGGGCGGUGAUUAUUUAAUAAGAUUUACGUGUCUCGAAGUUUUCCCACCAUGAAGACAAGCCAAGUAGCGCCGGCUGCUCAUGAAUAUCGCGAGAUCUUUCAUUGUAAUUCAACGUUCUGGCAACACUGUAUAAAAUUUGGCCUGAAAUACCUCACAGAAGACAUCAUCUAACGCACAAGAACUAGAAUGCGCCACAUGCAGGCAGAAAAGUGCUAGAUUCGAAUUAUUGACAACCAAAGAAGCGCCCGCGUGCACACACACACACACACACACACACACACACACACACACACACACACACACACACACACACACACAACACACACACACACACACACACACCAUUGAACAUAUUACACGCAUGCACACGCAUUCUAUAGUUUAUACUUUAAAACUGAUAAUGUUUCUGUUUCCAAUAAAUUUACAGUUAGCAAGGAAAGUGAAUAUGUGUAAUAUAUGUUAACGGUAGUAAUCCACCGAGAAACGCGUUAAAUAAAUGACCUUCUCAUUGAAAGAAGUGUUACGAGUUACCGAGACGAAGAGUGGUAGUUUUUGGUUACCAGUCGACAUGUGUUAUCUUCACGACACCUUUUUUGCUGUUAAAACAUGGCGAAUAAUAUGUCAUAUUUUUUACGCGUGUUUUAUUUUUGUAAUGACAAAGAUAGGGUUUUAUUUUAAUUUUGUAAUUAUAAAGGUAGGUUUUUAUUUUCAUUUUAUGAUUAUAAAGAUAGGGUUUUAUUUUUCAUUUUUUUAGCAGCAGUAUCGUUAUAUUCUUGGCUGAUUAAGUUAAAUAGUCUGAUCUGAAACGAUAAAAUGAAUCUAUGCAUAUUGAAAUAAAGAUCAACAUUUUUUCUGUGAAUAUAGUGUCAUUUUCAUAAAUACUGUUCAAUAAGGGACAUUCAGAGCAAUAUAGUGCAAUUAAAAACACUUCUUUUUAAUACUUUUAUAUUGUGUAUUUAUAUAUUUAAAUAUGAUGAUCUGAAGUAUAUUUUCGAUUUUUUUUUCUUUUUUGGAUAUUUUUUUCAUACUUGAUUUUUGGUAACUCGUACAAGAAUGAUCAUUAGUAGAUCUAUAUAUAAAAAAAAAAAUACAUACGGAAAAGUAAAUAAGCAAAUAUGACAUGUUUCCUUAAGAAGCACAAUAAAACAAACAGAAAAUAAUAAAUCUACGUAUUUAAUGAUAUGUAUAUAGAUUUCUUGCUUCAAGCCAAAGCACAAUAAAAAAAGAGAAAAUAUAUAGCUAUAUAUAUGUAUCCAUUUGAAUUAGUCAAAUGAGAAUCUGAUAGACAAAAGAAAAUAUUUAAGCCCGCGAAUACAAAAUCCCCAACCCAGCUGAGAGAGAGAAAAAAAAAUAAUUGAAAGAAACAAACAAUUAACCCAAAUAUAGAUAAAUUCUCAUCUCAAAAUAAUAAAAAAAAGAUAAGAUGCCGGCGCUCACCAGCACAGCAUUCCAUACCCCGUGCCCCGCCCGAAGUGUCCUUUUUGUAUUUCAGAAUAUUUUAUGAGUCUCAAGGUCAUUCAUUCAGUCAAAUGGUUGCUAGUUUAACAAUAUUAUAGUAUGUCAUUUGUAAUUAUAUAAUAUUUAUUUGAUAUUUAGUAUUUGAGUAGUACACACGAACAGUGGAAGCUACAUAUGAUGCGGACCUAUAUUACUAUAUAGAGAGAUGGGAAAUCCGUACUCUAUAGAGUUUAAAACAAAAAUAAAAAAAACAAAACAAAACAUGUAAUUAACAUAUUAAAAAAAACUUUAUUUUUGUAUUAUUUAAUGCCAUCAAUCCUGCAUAAACAGAAAAAUAAAAAAUAAAUGCGAAAAAUAGAUAACAUGAUUCCAGGAUCUUUAAAAUGACUUUGGACACAAGAUACAACAGAAUUUUACCCACUUCUAUGAUGGUGCUAAGCCUUCUUGUCAUACCUCAUUUCUGCUCCGUUGCCCCGGCGAGUGGGCAUCUCUCGAAAAUUUGCAAAUGAAUAUAUAUUGAAAAAUUAGCCGUGUAGCGUAUAAUGUUGACGUGAACAUACAAAGCUUAAUGAUUAUGAAACUUUUUUUCCUCUCAUUUUUAAGCAAUUUGUAAAAUUUUCUUUAUUGUUUUUCUAUUGAUAUAUACAUACUUUUUUUUCUAAAUACGAUUUCAGUAUCCGUCAACUGGUGCACAGUAUAGGUAGAAUGACUCAUUAACCAAUGUUAUAUAACGACGUCGGUAAAGAAUAUAAUGACAAGAAUUAUGUUUUUAAAUGUAAUGGCACACCGAAAAAAAAGAAAAACAUUGGUUCACUCAACAACUCGAACAAACAAACGCGAAUCUCUCGGUUUUUAUCAUGAAUCCAGAUCGAGAAAAAGAUAACUUUGAAUAGCUUCCAGUGUUAAAACAGAAGAAAACGAACCAACUCAUGGGAAAUAUAUUCACGUGAUUACCAAAAACGUGAACCCUUGAGGAAAAACGUAUGUCUCAGAAUGGUCAUUGACGAGGAAGGGAAGGACGGCGUAGAAGUCAGUCGAGGUAACUACUGCCUUAAAAUAAUGAAAAUAAUGAAGAAGAAAAACAAAAAAGAAUAUUGUGAAUUGGAAAAACGCACAUGUGAUAAUUCUUUCUCUAUCUAUUUAUUUCAAGUUUUCAAUAUAAAAAAGUAAAAUUUCUCGCAAGAGGUUAAAGUCAAAUAUAUCCUGAAAGAGAAAAAAGCAAAAACAACAACAACAACAACAAGUUUUGUGGUUAUCAUGUGACUGUACUGCUGAUUGUGAGGCAAAGCUAAAGAAGGAGGUUUUACUAUAGCUGGCAAGGACCUGUGAAGUACUUGUAAAUCUUAGGACCCAAAGGGCAAAGUUCCAUCACUUUUACCAACACAUCACUUGCCAUUCUGUUCUUGUGGGUGCGUUUGUCAAUGGUGGACUGCUCAGAUACAUGAGACUCCAGUAUUUCAUACAAUGCAUCAAAUUUUUGGUAAGCAAAAAAACAAAACAAAACAAAAAAAUCAUAUGUAUGUACUCAGUAUGCAAUUAUACUUCGUGCAUGAUAUGCAUGCUUUGAUAUCAAAUUUUCUUCAGGACUGAGCGUAGAAGUUGCCGUGCAAUGGCAGCUAUCUGAGCAUUUAUUCAUUGUGAACGCAACCACCAUCUUAGGUUUAACGGUCAUUUGCGCUGUGACGUAAGGUAAUUUCUGUGGGGCUGUGUAAGAAAAUGUCUCUCUGUAAUCCCCCCUGACAAAAUAAGAUGUUUAUUCAGUUGUAGACUAUGGAACCCCAAAGUCGAUUGUAGACAGCCGUUCUUUUCCACGGACGCCACAGAUCUAGGUGAUAGGUACGUAGCAUUUUAUUGAAUGUAAAUGAUUAACCCCAUGUCUUCAGGGGUAGCUUAAGCUUUAAUAAACACCAUAGCAUAUACAAGUUCUAUCCUAUCACUCCUUUAUAGUAUCAAUGUAGGUCAAAAUAGAGCAGUUGUAAUUAGCAGUCACACCUCGACACUUCAAGGAGUUUGGAAUUUUAGAGUAGCAUGUUACGUAGAAUCAGUUAACUGUAUUUUGUUUUAUAAGAAGAGUAUAUUAUUUUUGCUAUGGAAAUUCAAAACUAUAUUAGUCUGUCCUCUGUUGAAUUUUAGUGUAAUUUAACAGGACCAGGAGUAUUUUCUUUAUAUUAAAAACAUAGUCUAUAUUCGUUGUUAAUUUAGUGUUAAUGGAUUAGUUACCUAUGUCGAGGUUUCACUGUUGUAGUACCGGAGUCAUACUGUCAGGAUAUGGUAGGAAUCUUCAUAAAUAUUGUAGAUCAGAAUGUAUGUGAAAUCUUCCCAUAACUACGAAAUCACAUUAAAUGUACACAUUUUAAAAAAAGUCAAACGAGGCUAAGACCCACCAAAUAUCAUUAAAUUUUAGAUAUCUAUUAAUAAUAGACUCCCUAUUAGACACCCUAUCACAAUCUGUUAUUGAUAUAAGCGAAUGACAAUUGCUCAAUUCAUAGAUGAGACUUGUACAUGCUACAGUAGACCGAAGUGUGGAGGGGUUGAUAGUGUCCCAUCUUGCCCCUUCUGGUGUAGGCGACGCCCCACGCCAGCAGGGUGUAACUCGGAGGCUGGUACACCUCUCUUGCCUUCACUAGGGUGUAGACAGGGCUCUUGUCCUCUGCCCCCGAACCUGCACAUGUCUUGAACCUGACUCUCUCGCGAAGAAUAAUUCCAGCUUCUGUGGGGCAAAGCUGUGUUGCUACUGAACACCGCGUUAUGUAUGUUUCCUCAACAGGAAUAUAUAUGUGGCUUAAUUUUUAUUUAAUUUUUUAUUUAUUUUUAUUUAUUUAUUUUUUAUUAUUUUUUGUUAGGAUGUCAAGCACAUGUAAUUAUUAUUUUUAAACCCUUCAAAAAAGUUCUUGGCUGUUGUUAUGUGUGUUUUUGAUUUUCUCGGAAAAAAAUAAAUUGAUGUCAUGUUAUUUCAUAGGCUAGUAUAAAACUGAAAAUCAAUGGAUGUGUUUAAAGGUGCCAUUUCCACAGCAGCUGGAACAUCGCUCUUUUCCCACUCUUAAGUGUGUGUACAUAAAGGUUCUUCUACUUUUAUUACCUUUUUCUACUAAAGAAAAACAGAAAGGAAUUUAUGUUUGUAUUUAAAAUGAAUUCUAAAAGAAACGUUUAUAAGUAGAUUCUCUUAGGUAACGUUCGCUAGGAGUAAGUAUAUAGAUGUAGUUCUCUGCAUUCUAAGAUAAUGUGUUCUGUUUUGUUUGCCUAAUUUUAUUGUUAACCUUAUUUGGGAUGCUACAUCGAAAGGAGGAUACUGUGUCGAAUUCACUUAUUUUUUCAAAUGGGUACAAUGCUUAAAGAUAAUCCCUCAAGAUAAAGAAAGUGAGCAUGUUGUCUUUAUUCAUUUUAAAAUAGCCGCUUGUAAUGGCUUUUAAUUGGCUAUGAUUAUCCCUAAACUGUAAGGCGACAAUUGACAGGUUGUGUUAUAUCGUUCCCUGGCCUUUUCGCUUGUCCUUAACCGUACUGUAUAAAAUCUUAAACAUGUAAGAAUCAACUCAAGAAAAGUUCUUUCACACUCAUAAGCCCUAAGAUGACUUAUGGAUGAACUGAUCACAUAGUGUAAACAAACUGUAAACUUAAGAAGUUGUGCUUCCCUCUCGCAUAUCACUCAAUAAUCACUCAUAAGUCAAGUCGCGUGAAAAAAAGUUAAAAAAAACUGCUUCAUGUACUACUAACAUGCAUGGUGUUUAUAAUGAUAAGUGCCACUAAACUUGCAUUAUACGGUAGAACUCAGUGAUUUUUAGUUGUAGACGCAUUACUCAGACGUUUGACAUCUGAAACCCAAAAGAUAAAAAGAAGUCUAGGUCAUCCGAAUCCCCAAAAGAUGAGGUUAGGUCAUCUGACUCCCAAAAGAUAAGGUCAGGUCAAAAUCGGUGACUUCGGAAGGGGCCGCAUGGUAACUAACACUCACUGGAGCUUGUCGUCUUACUUAAAAAAAGUAAUUUAAUCAAAUGCAAAAUGUUGGACGUCACUAGAAGGACGCCGAGAAAUGGAGUUUUGACAGUUCUGUGAUGUUUAGAGAUUGUUAAGAACCUCUUAGUGAAGAGUGAGGUGAUUAUAUCGCUUAAUACAGUUUAUACAUCAUAAUCUGCAAUAUGUAUUGAAGUGACUGAUUAUAUGCUUUAUGAGAAUGUAAUCGCCUUACUCCAUAGAUUUUUUUUUUGUAGAAAAUGUAGACGUAGACAUGUCAAGGGUCGUAUUUCUGGCCCGGUUUGACCUUAUUGAAAACCACUUUAUGUGUCCUUCUACUGAUGACUUAAGAUAUUCUGCAGGUGCUUUUCUCGCCUGGAUAAUUGAUCCGCAGGAGCUUGAAGCGAUCAAUUGGUUAUGAGUUUAAUUUGGCACCUCAAUGUUUGAGAGAUUUUCGAUUCCUAGAAAAAAAUGGUAAAAAACACAUUCAAGCAAUCCAAUUCGUGGACAUUUAUAGAAACUCAAAGGCUGAAAAGGGGAUCAUUACGACCAGUAUUAUCGCACUAAUUGCAUUUGAUAAGUGAAUUGCCAAAAAAAAAAGAAAAAAAGUUUUCCGAUGUCAAAUUUAUUCUCGACCAACGGAUUAUAAGGUCCAGGUGUAGAUUUUCAGUGUUGAAUCCCAAGGAAAAUAAAAAAAAUAAAAAUAAAAAACAACUUUACAAGUCUCCAGUUUGGCAAACACUAGGGACUCUAAGACUGAUGUUUGCAUGAGUGACAUAUGUGUGUACUGUGAGAAGUUACUCCCGUAUAGGCAGUGUCAUAGUCCAAAGUGACUUAAACCAAGCAUUGUUCCCAAACACUAUUUAAAGCUUAAUUAGAUGUUUGUUACUGAAAUUUUUUGAAAGAAGAUGCGCAAUGUAAAAUGUUUACAACCAAUGAAAAAUGCUGUGGUAAAGUGAUUACAUUGUAAUAAAAAAGCAUUAAAAUGA